AUGGCCGACUCUAAUUUAAUCAUCGAUGUGCUUAUUGCCAUCAUCUUGCCUCCAGUUGCUGUCUACAUCAAGGAAGGUACUACCUCUCCAUUCUGGAUUAAUCUUAUCUUGUGUCUUUUCGUCUGGUUCCCAGCUAUCCUUCAUGCCCUUUACGUUGUCUUCAAGAACCGUAACAAUUGA